AUGUCUUUCAACCGUGCAGCCUUCCUCCUUGCAGCUCGUAAGACUCCCCUCGAAAUCCAACAGGCACCUUAUCCCUCGCCAGAUCCGGGUACUAUUGUGGUGAGGAAUCAUGCCGUCGCUAUCAAUCCGGUCGACUGGAAGCUACAAAGUUUCGAGAUCUUCCCCUUGAAAUAUCCUUUUAUCUUGGGUGAGGAUGUUGCGGGCGAGGUCAUCGCCAUCGGCAGCGGGGUGACCAAUUUUACCAUAGGGCAGCGGGUUAUCGGACACUGUAAGAAUUUCACAGCUGGAGAUAAUCGAUACUCCGGCUUCCAGAACUUUACCGUCCUAUCCGCAACCCUAACAGCACCUCUACCCCCAUCAAUCUCUUAUGAGGAAGCGGUUGUCCUUCCUGUCUCAGUCAGCACAGCCGCCGCCGGUCUUUUCCAGAAGGACUAUCUCAACCUACCUCAUCCAUCUCUGUCCCCUCAGUCCUUGGGUCAGACAGUUCUGAUCUGGGGUGGUAGCUCCAGCGUCGGCAUCAGCGCCGUGCAGCUCGCUCACGCCGCAGGUGUUGAGGUCAUCACGACAGCUAGUCCUCGCAAUCACGCUCUUCUCAAGAACCUUGGCGUAUCGCGGGUUUUUGACCACCGCAGCCCCACUGUUGUCGAUGACAUUGUCGCUGCGCUUGAGAACAAGCAUGUGGUCGGGGCAUAUGACUGUAUAUCGGAGGAUCAGACCCAGCGAGCCUGUGCGGAGAUUCUCGAAAGCAGCAAUGCUGCUCGCAAGAUUCUAGUAUACACGAAUGAUGUCUCAACCCCAGAGGGAUUGCCGUCUUCGGUCACCUCCAAAGGUAUUUUCUGUCUUACGGUGGAGGAUAAUGAGGUGGGUCCUGCCGUGUGGGCGGAUUAUCUGCCCCAGGCAUUGGAAUGUGGUCAGUUCAAGCCUUUGCCUGAGCCUUUGGUCAUUGGUACAGGGUUGGAAUGUAUACAGACGGCUAUGGAGAGGAAUAUGGCUGGGAUGAGUGCGUUGAAGGCUGUUGUUAAGCUGGUUUAG